CGGACCCCCCACUUCCCGCGGCCAUGUGUGGGGGUCCGCAUUUUGCGAAUGACUGUGGCUUUAAAGACGCUGUUUGCCAUAAUUGCCAGAAAAGGGGGCAUAUUGCAAAAAAGUGCAGGGGUGCUAAAAAUAAACAGACAAAAGGGUGGGGAAAAGCACAACACACAUCACCUGCAGAGUGAGGAUUUUGAGGAGCAGUGCUCAUUCAACAUGUUUAAUAUCCGUGGCCAGCCCCGGGCUCAGCCCAUAUAUGCAACAAUUAAGGUGAAUGGCAAAGAGCUAAACAUGGAAGUGGACACUGGGGCCUCAGCUUCAGUAAUCAGUCAAACCACAUUCAACAGGUUGUGGAGCUCAGGGGGUGCACCUGCAAUGGAAGAGACAAGUAUUAGGCUCAGAACGUACACGGGUGAGUGCAUUCCACUUGCGGGGACUAUCAAGGUGGACAUUGUAUAUCAAGAACAGCAAGCCGCGGUGACACUGCUUGUGGUCGAGGGGGAGGGGCCGAGUUUGUUGGGGCGGGAUCUUCUCCAGAAAAUUAACCUGAAUUGGGGACAGAUCUGGGGUGAAAUCAAACAUACCACUGUGGUACAGGACAUCAUAGGGAAAUAUGCUGAUGUCUUUAAAGAGGAAUUGGGUACCCUCCCAGGGACCACAGUUAAACUGUGUGUGGACCCCAAAGCACAACCGCGUUUCUUCAAACCACGAACAGUACCAUAUGCCAUGAAAGCUAAGGUUGAGGCGGAGUUGGAAAGGCUACAAAGGGCAGGGGUGAUUGAGCCUGUGGAGUUUUCUGACUGGGCAGCCCCAAUAGUGCCAGUGGUGAAGGAGGACGGGGAAGUGCGCAUAUGUGGGGAUUACAAAAUGACCAUUAAUCAGGCCUCACAGCUCGACACCUACCCCCUACCGCGAGUGGAGGACCUAUUUGCUACACUAGCAGGUGGAAAAACAUUCACUAAACUAGACAUGAAUCACGCAUAUCAGCAACUUUUGCUAGAUGAAGACUCUAAGCAAUAUGUGACUAUAAACACUCACAAGGGCCUAUUCAAGUAUAACCGCCUGGUGUUUGGCGUUGCCUCAAGCCCGGCUAUUUUCCAACGCACCAUGGACAAUCUGUUUCAUAACAUUCCCCAGGUUGCCGUCUACCUGGAUGACAUUCUCGUCACAGGUAAAACAGAAGAGGAACACUUACAAAACCUUGACCUGGUGUUAGAUAGAAUGUCUGAGGCUGGGCUGCGUCUGAAAUGCAGUAAGUGUGUUUUUCAAGCUCCAAGUGUCACAUAUCUGGGCCAUCGGAUUUCAGCUCAGGGCUUGUCUCCAGUCGAAGACAAAGUGAGAGCAAUUAAGGAAGCCCCAACACCAAAGGACAUUGCAGAGCUUAGGUCGUUUCUGGGUCUAGUGAACUAUUAUGGGAAGUUUUUACCAGACCUCUCGACCGUGCUGGCCCCACUCUACCAGCUGCUACACAAAGGCUGUGUGUGGAGAUGGCAGCAGGAUCAGGACAACGCUUUCCAGCACGUAAAGGGACUGUUACACUCAACACGACUGCUGGUACAUUUUGACCCAGACAAGGAGGACAUUCUAUCGUGUGAUGCCUCCCAGUAUGGACUGGGGGCAGUUCUUUCGCACCGCAUGGAGGAUGGAAGUGAAAAGCCAAUCAGCUAAGUGUCACGCACUCUUACUGCAGCAGAAAAGGGGUACUCGCAAUUAGAGAAGGAGGGCCUGGCGGUUGUUUUUGCAGUAUAGCGUUUCCACCACUACCUGUUUGGUCGCCCUUUUACCAUCUUCACAGACCAUAAGCCUCUAAUGGGUCUGUUCAGUGAGACAAAGGGCAUUCCACCCAUGGCCUCAGCAAGAAUACAGCGCUGGGCAUUAACCCUGUCAGCAUACCAGUAUAGCAUAGAGUACAAGGCGAGUAGCGACAAUGCAAAUGCUGAUGCUUUUAGCGUCUGCCUCUCCCAGACACACCACACCACACAGGCUUUCCCCCAGAGACUGUUUUUCUGAUGGACAGACUGUCACAGGCUCCAGUGACAGCAAAGCAAAUAAAGCUGUGGACUGAAAGAGACCCAGUGUUGUCGCAGGUGAAGAGGUGGGUGAUGCAGGGGUGGCCUGCCACUGUGGAACAGGAGGGGUUCAAACCUUACGUCAAGCGCAAACUUGAAUUAAGUGUCCUUGAUGGCUGUCUCCUCUGGGAUUCCAGAGUGAUUGUCCCACCUCCAGGGCGGGCUCAAGUGAUGGACGAACUACAUGAGGCCCACCCCACUAUGAAAAGUCUCGCCAGAUCAUUUGUGUGGUGGCCUGGGAUGGACUGUGCUUUAGAAGAAAAGGUGAAGGUAUGUUCUCAGUGUCAAAGCAACCUGAAGAUGCCAGCGGAAAAUAGAUUAGCUUCACACAGACGUCUUCUAACUGUCACAGUACUUACAGGUAACUCCAGACUGUCUUUGAUCAUCC